AUGCCUAAGUCAAAAGCUAUUAUGAACAGUUCUAGUAAUGUGGAGAUGAAUACCAAUUCAUCAUCUGAGGCCAAAAAAACAAUAAACAGAACUGUUUCAAGUGUGAUCAAACACUCUAAGACCAGUAACACUAAAAAGAAAGCCACUUUGGCUAUAAUUAGUAAUGAAAAGUCAAGCCUGAAUGAUAAUGUUGAAUUGACUGAGAGUAAUGAUGUUGAAAUUGAUACUGGUGGCACUGUUUCUGUGAAAAAUAAGAAAAUAAAUGAACUUGCAGGUGAUAUUAAUAGUUUUGAAUUAUCGUUGACAGUUGAUAUUGAUGAAUUACCAGGAGAAAUCGCUGAUAUAAUACCAGGAGAAAUCACCAAUAAACCACCAAAAGAAAUCACCAAUGAACCACCAGGAGCUACUGCCAUAAAAAGCCACUGCUACAAAUACGAAAACGCAGCAAUACUUUGA